UUUUGACUUCUUUUUAUGCCCUACUUGCAGAUAAACCCUAAAAGCAGGAAACAGACCCGGAGGGUUUUUUUGCAGAUCGAUCCAUGGAUGGGGAGGAGGCAAGUAGUGGUGGUAUUGACUGCAGGGUAAAGGGAAAGAUCUCUUUCGGCUCUCGCGAACCAUCUGUCUCCGUUGAUCUCACAGAUCGCGUCCAUCUUCUCCCUUGCGUUAUCAAGCACGAUGGUGCUUGUCCAGUCUCCCAGUAUUUCAAACCGGGAAAGUCGGAUAUGGUUGCGGAUGGCUCGAACGUGGAGGAGGCGUUUUUCAGAGGGAGGAAACUCCAUGGAGUUACUGUUCCGAUCCCUAAUGGUUACCGCGGGUAUGUUUUGGAGAAAAAUAAAAUCAAGCAAGGGAGGUGUUCGGAGGUUUUAGAGGGGCAUGCAAACAAUUGGGCUUCUACUGCAGAGUUUCAAAACAUAACUUAUUGGAAUCAUGAUAGUCUCCCUUCGAAACAUGACCUAGUUGUGCGCAGCUUCCAUUGGUUUGCUAUUGCUGAAGCC